UUAUCUGAUGGGGCUAGAAAAGCCAAUAGACAUGCUCUAGAUUUAUCUACAGGGGAGAAGAGAAUUAGCUUCAUGGAACAGGUUUGAACAGGCAGUGGGAGAAAAUGAUAGUGUUGUGUUCUUUUUGCAUUUUUGGAAGUCUCCCUAUUGCAAUAUAAUGCAGAUUAUUCUGGGAGAAAUAACAAAGUAUGCUAGUGGACUUCAAAACAUCAGAAUAUCUGAGGAAUCAUUUUUUCAAAAUAAAAUUUACUUAGAACAGUAAAGAUCCAAAGCAAAUAAAAACAGGUUCCCUUCUCCUCACCUAUCUAUCUUCACCACUACCAUCCAAUUCAAUGAAAGCAGCAUUGCCUGUAUAUGUUUCAUAUCUUUAGCACUGAAGAUCAAAUUAUUGAUGUCAUGAUGAUACCUUAGCAAACCCAUCUGGCUUGAACACUGUAAUGACUUCUGUGGCUUCUUAAACAUGUCUCUAAGGAAUUAGGGACAAAAGUAAUCACUAGGUUUCUUUGUGCUUGACUUCAGCAACCUUGUUUUAGUGAUGGAUAUGUUAAUCCAUGCUUGAGCUCUCCAAGACAGCCCAUUUUUUUCUUGGUCAUAGCUGACUAUAAGAAAGUUCUGCUCUCCAAAGGAUCCACGGACCAAAGCUGACAGUUUCUUUACUUGGGAGCUGACAGAAUUUACUCCUGAAGACCAGAAACAUGGCUUGUACCAUCCAAAAGGCAGAAGUGCUCGAUGGGGCUCAUUUGAUGCAGAUCCUCUGGAAUGAUGAGGCAGAGUCUCUCUACCCAGCUGUAUGCCUGCGAGACAACUGCCCAUGCUCUGAUUGCUACCUGGAUUCUGCAAAAGCACGGAAACUUCUCGUUGAAGCUCUUGAUGUGAACAUUGGAAUUAAAGGCUUGACAUUUGACAGAGAAAAGGUGUACAUCACAUGGCCCGAUGAGCAUUACAGUGAAUUCCAGGCUGAUUGGCUGAAGAAAAGAUGCUUUUCCAAGCAGGCCAGAGCACAGCUCCAAAGAGAAUUGUUUUUGCCAGAAUGUCAGUACUGGGGCUCAGAGCUCCAGCUACCUACUCUGGAUUUUGAAGAUGUUUUACGAUAUGACAAACAUGCAUACAAGUGGCUCUCCACCCUCAAGAAAGUAGGCAUAGUAUGACUCACCGGAGCAUCUGACAAACAAGGAGAAGUUUUAAAACUUGGGAAAAGGAUUGGUUUCCUCUAUCUCACAUUUUAUGGACAUACUGGGCAAGUGCAAGACAAAAUCGAUGCAAACAAUGUGGCUUACACAACUGGGAAGCUAAGCUUUCAUACUGAUUAUCCAGCCCUCCAUCAUCCACCUGGGGUUCAGCUUCUUCACUGCAUAAAGCAAACAGUCACAGGUGGUGAUACAGAAAUUGUAGAUGGGUUUAAUGUGUGCCAAAAGUUAAAGAAAAAAAAUCCUCAGGCAUUCCAGAUUUUGUCCUCUACCUUUGUGGACUUUACAGACAUUGGAGUGGAUUACUGUGAUUUUUCUGUUCAAUCAAAACACAAAAUUAUAGAGUUAGAUGAUAGAGGCCAAGUGGUUCGCAUCAACUUCAAUAACGCAACUAGGGACACAAUAUUUGAUGUGCCAGUUGAAAGAGUUCCGCCUUUUUAUGCUGCUCUGAAGGAGUUCGUUGACCUCAUGAACAGCAGAGAAUCCAAGUUUACCUUCAAGAUGAAUCCAGGUGAUGUGAUUACUUUUGAUAACUGGCGCUUACUUCAUGGCCGACGUAGCUAUGAAGCAGGAACUGAGAUAUCCCGCGAUCUAGAAGGAGCUUAUGCUGACUGGGAUGUGGUCAUGUUAAGGCUUCGUCUCUUAAGGCAGAGGGUCAAGAAUGGAAACUGAAAUCUCCUGUCUAUAAUUUUAGUAAGAUUCCAGUGAGGAUAUUUUGUAAGAUAUGGCACAUUAUUCACAGACCAUGAUCUGUGUCAUUUACAUAAAAUUUCCUUAACAGUGAACAUGUAACUUCUCUCACAAGAGUACUCUACUUUGUAAUCGUACACAAUGUCAACUUUUUGGAUGUUUCAGCACUCUUUUGCAAGUAAAGCAUCUUUUCUGCUCU